AUGGCGGGCGCCCCAGGCCCCAUAAGGCGAGCAUGGUAUCAGUGGAAGAUGCAGCGGUUUCCAUGGCGCAAAAAGUGGCUGGUUGGUUUUGAUCUCCACGGAAACACGUUUUGGGAGUUCAAGGACGCCCUGCACUCGCUGCGCAAUAGGAGAAUUGCAAAGUAUAGCCGCAGCACGCACUAUGGCGACGUGCAAAUAUCGCCCUCAUGGAUGCAAUGGCUACGACACACGCGCUUCGACCCGCCAACGAUUGCCGAACAGCAGCAAGACGUGGCGCGACAGGAGCGCAUCAAACUUCUAGCAGCCCAAGCCGAUGCCAAAUGGGCUGCCAAACCCUCGGCCCUCGAUGCCCCGGAUAAACAACAGCCCGUGCUGCCGUUGCAAUCGCAGCAUCCUACCACCGCCCCCUCCCCCGUAAAUGACAAACAAGACAUACAAGACACAGCGGCACCAAGACCUAAAAAGGCAAAGGCCAAAGAGCCAGCCGACUCGCCGUGGAGACAAGCUGCACAGAGCCAGGAUUGGCAACCACAAGGCUGGACUCCUGCCCCGGCCAAGCGGCCAUCAUGA